CUUUUAGGGAGCAAAAAGGAAAGCCCACAAAAAGCCUACACACUGUUUGGUUUCAAUCUCCGGAGGGUGACUGCCUGUGCCUGUGCCUGGCCCUGGCCCUGCACUCUGCCUGCUGACUCUUCUUGUUCUCCCUUCCCCUGCCCUGCCCCACCAAGAACAGGAACAGAAUUAGACUUAGACUGAGACACGCUGCUCGUGGGUUGCGUUUCUUGCUUUUGAUAAUUGUAAUUCUUCUUUCUUUUAAUUUCUUUUCCAUCUUCUCUGCUCAAUUUUUGCUGCUCACGAGUCGCACCUAUAUUUGUUCGACCUCACUUCAUCAUCUUUCGCUGGUUAUCUCCACUAAUGCCAUUAUCAAUGAGCUGAACUGAUUGUACCUUUUCCAGUGACUGACCACAUUGUGCAUAAUGGCUAGAAAGAAAAACCAACAAAUGAAUGGUCUGGAUCAGCAGUCACAAAAUCGUAAGAAAGGAGUUUCAGAUCCUGGGACUACACCUUUAACUACCAAAGAUAUAGGUGAUGUAAAUGAAAAAAAGGUUAGUUUAGGAGAAGAACUUUCAAAUGGUAGCCAUUCAGUGUCUUCCACAAAGAGCAUUAAUGACAUGGGCCAUGUUCAAGAUGGGAAGAAAAACAAGAAAAAAUCCAGGAAAUCUCAAAGAAAAGAGAAAAGAGUCGAUGAGACAGCUACAGAGCAUGCAGUGCCCUGCAAUGAUAGUACAGAUGAAGGCAAGAGUGAUAUACCUAUAGCUGAAGCCUCAAAUAUUAGAGAUGAAAGUGGCAUGUCCAUCAAUGAUACACACAGCGCAAACGGUACAUAUAGUUUUGAUAAUGUGCCCAAUGGACUGCAGCGAGAUGGCCUGGAAAAUGUGGAGUUCUCUGAAGCAGCAGUCUUAAAAUUCAUAAGGACUAUAGCCCUUUCUAUUGCAAAGUCAUCUGGCGAAUGGAUGGAGAGGCAUAAACCUGCCUUUCUCACUCUUAAAACUAAUACACUAAAGGCCUUUGAUCAUAUCCUGAUGAAGAUUCAACGUGCACAGCCUGUGAUAUUGAGAUGGGUUAUUCAUAUUGGGAAUAUAAUGUUCCUUCUUUUUAUGGUCUGGUUGGAUUGUUCUUUGAGGGGCAUUGAUUCCUUUCUUCGCAUGGGAACAACAUCACUUUUCUCAAUUGUCUGGUGUAGUGUUCUUUCAGUGAUUGCCAUGGUUGGAGUUAGCAAGUUUCUACUAACAUUGAUCAUAGCUGCUGCAAUUGGAAAAUUUCUUGGAUUCACAUUUGCAGUUCUAUUGAUUGGCUUUGCUGGAAUACUCUUCCUAUGGUUUUAUGGGAGCUUUUGGACUACAGGACCUGUUAUCUUCCUUGCAGGAUUGUCAUUUGCACUGAGUCAUGACCGCAUUGCACUCUUUAUUGCAAGCAUCUAUGCCGCAUAUUGUGCAUGGAAUUAUGUCGGAUGGCUUGGCUUAGUUUUUGGCUUGAACUUGUCAUUUAUAUCAAGUGAUGCUCUGCUAUUUUUCAUGAGAAAUUUUAUAAAUGAGCAAACAGGGGCCAGCAGCUCUCCUGAACAAUCCGCAGGAGCGCAAAGUCAACCUUCCUUUUCACAUAAUGAGUGUGGACAAGCUUCAUCCACUGAAACUGGUGCUGCUGGUCUACAGGCUGACCGUAGCCAGGGAGUACCUUCAACUAGCGGGUCUGUUUGUGAAAUGACAUCUGAAGAUGAAGUUGUCAGGUUGUUGAACUGUACAGAUCAUUAUGCAGCAUUGGGUUUGUCCCGAUUCGGGAAUAUAGAUGUGUCUGUUAUCAAGAAAGAAUACAGGAAAAAGGCAAUGCUUGUCCAUCCUGACAAAAAUAUGGGCAAUGAAAAAGCUGCUGAAGCUUUCAAGAAGCUUCAGAAUGCUUACGAGGUUCUACUGGAUUCCUUCAAGCGUAAAGAAUAUGAUGAUGAGUUGAGAAGGGAAGAGCUACUGAAUUAUCUCCGUAAAUUCCAGAAUGCUUCUCGUGAGAAUAAAGGGCAUGGCUUGUUUAGCUCUAGCUUUGCACACACAAAUACUGAUGGCGAAGACCCACCAGGAGAGUCUAGACGAAUUGCUUGCAGGAAGUGUGGAUUUUACCAUGUCUGGACUUGUACCAAGAAAUUGAAGUCCAGAGCAAGAUGGUGCCAGGAAUGCAAAGACUUUCAUCAGGCCAAAGAUGGGGAUGGAUGGGUCGAGCAGUCAUCACAACCCUUCUUCUUUGGGAUACUGCAAAAGGUUGAAGCUCCCUCCGCAUAUAUAUGUGUGGACGGCAAGAUAUAUGAUGCAACUGAAUGGUAUAUUUGUCAGGGAAUGAGGUGUCCCGUCAAUACUCACAAGCCCUCGUUUCACGUGAACACUAACGCCGUCUCAAAGAAUGGCCACCACUCAAAGGGGAGUAGUUCAGGACAAAGGGGCGGUAUUCCAGCCCCUAAUACAGAAGACACAAUGACGGAAGAAGAAUUCUAUGAAUGGCUACAGAAUGCCGCCCAAAGUGGGAUGUUUGACAAUUUUACAGGCAGUACAUCAGAGAGUCCGGCCAAGGCUGGCGGCAGCAAUAGUAGCAGCGCAGGUAGCAAGAGAAAGAAAAAGGGAAAGAAGCAAUGGUGACUAAAUUCGGUGUUUCUCUCUGUACUCUCACCCAAAUAUGGAGAAUAAGUGGUGUGUCCGGAUCAUCUACAGGCACUAAAGGCCAAGGGUUGUUUAACUACUGCUAAUUGUAUACUGAGAAGAGUUAAAGUCCUCAAAUUUGCAUAAGCUGCAGAGAUUGUACAGCAAAUUUGGCCAUGAAUUCACAUGACAUGAUAUGCCAUAUCCACUGGCUUAAAAUUUUGCUCUGAGAUUUAUAACCAGUUGUGUUUUUUGGUUUUUUCUGUGUUGAAGAGAGAGUUGACAUAUGCUGUCUGGAAAAAUGUUUGUUGCACAGACAACAAAUUGCGGGGAAGGGAGUGAUUAGUCCCCCAUGUUGUUUUACCAUGUCCCUAAAAUGAGAGCAAAUUAUGGUCAAA